AUGGUGGCGGCUGAUGAUGUUGAUAAUUUAAUACAAAAAGAUUUUUCAUAUGCUUUGGAACUUCUUAAAGAAAUGAAUGAUAAUGCAGUUCAAGUAGCACAUUUAGUUGAUGAUAUGUUAGAUAGAGUUAAAAGAGGUGAAUUAUCCACAGCCAAAGGUCUUAGUUUUUUAGAAGUUAAAUAUCACAUGCUAUUAAGCUAUCUCAUUAAUUUGACAUAUGUCGUAUUGAGAAAAUGCACUGGAGAACCGAUAGAAGCUGAUCCAGCCAUAGAUCGAUUGGUAGAAAUUAGAACUGUAUUAGAAAAAACAAGACCCAUAGAUCAAAAAUUAAAAUAUCAGGUUGAUAAAUUAGUUAAAGCAGCUGUAACGGGAGCAACAUCUGAAAAUGAUCCGACAAAUUAUAAAGCCAAUCCGGACAAUAUGUUAAUAAAAGACAACGAAAGUUCUGAAGAUGAUUCUGGAGAAGAGAAACCAAAGAAAAAAGGAGGGGAGAAAAAAUACGUUCCUCCAAAAUUAUCAUCGGUACCGUUCGGUAGGUUUUUGAAAGUUUAA